GAGCUCAUUUUGCAUAUCAGCCGUGUGCUAGUCCUCUUGCUCAAAACCUUCUCUUUUCUCUUCACCCAUACAUAAAAAAAUAUGCAAGUCUUUGUUCCAGUUCAAACCACCGCCGAGAUCGUCCUUGUUGACGUGACAGCCGCCCAAAAGAAAGCCAUGAAAAAACUGACAUGUCGAAAGUGCGAAGGUCACGGAACGUAUGCGAUCUUGAAAGGACACGCCGGUGUGUGCCCGUACAAGGAUUGCUCGUGUGGAACGUGCGCUUCUGUGAUGAGCAUGCGAGCCAACGCGUUGAUCCGAAGGUUCCGUCAUCGUCAGCCAGAUCAGUCGAUGGCUGUUGUGAAGGCUCUCCGAUCAAAGAAUGGAAAUAUGCGCCUACGAAUCGUGCCUAGAAAUGACGAGGAGACUGUUGUAGAGAAUGAUGGUACUCUAGUGACCUAUUCCAGUGAUAAGAAUGGACAUCAAACCUACACAACUACAACUCGCAGAAGUUCAAUAAUGACGAAUAGUACCGACGAUCGGGACAGCGUAGUAUCCACCCCACCAUCCACAACCAACAAUAGUACUCCAUCUGGAUCACCACCACUUUUGGUUCCGUACGGAGAUGUUGACAUUGCUGUGGAUCCGGUUGGAGCUGCUAAUUGGGAACAAAUCACGAAUAUCGUCAGAACAACAAUGCUCAACCAAAUCCUCAUGAACCCAACCAACGUCUCUCCAGCACUCAUCUCCUUCCUCCUCCAGCCAACCCAGCAGCCAUCAUUCGAGCCAUCCACCAUGUCUCUAGCACCACCAGUCUUGUUCCCCACCUUCCUGAACGGUCUAUCAGUUCCUUCCCUCUCUGUGUGAGCUACUAACCCGUGCUCAUUGUUUCAUUGUCAAGUGACUAGUAUGGUCACACCGACACACACCCACCGUAUUCCCCAAUGGGGAUUUUUUCUUGUGUUCUUUGAUUUUCAUGUGUCUCCUAUUUUAUUGUGUACAUCUAUUUUGAUGAGGUACCCCCCCCCACAUAUUAUUUGUAUUUUUGCCUAGUUUUGUAACAAGUGACUCCAGGUAUUAUGGAUCAUUAAUAAAUUGGAAUUUGAAAUUA